AUGGCUGGCAGUUCUCGAGAGCGCCAGAUUGACUACGAACAGCUGGAUCUGGAAGCUGAGAGGCGCCGCAAGAGACCCCGCGGCGACCAUGAAGCUCACCAUAGCCUGGCCAUUCGCAACGGCCACCAGAAGCGACUGAGAUAUCAAGACUAUAAGAUCGGAGUGAUUUGCGCGCUGGAGUUUGAGAUGAGUGCUAUACGAUAUAUGCUCGAUGAAGAGCACCUCAGAUUGCCCCCCGCACCGGGAGAUCGGAACCUCUAUGUUCUCGGUAACCUCUGUGGCCAUAACGUUGCGAUUGCUUGCCUUCCAGGGAAUCAAGGAAAAGGAGCCGCCGCAACCGUUGCCACGAAUAUGGCACGCACUUUUCUUGAAAUUGACUUACGGGUGCUUGUUGGGAUUGGAGGCGGCAUACCGAGUGAUAGGCACGAUAUUCGCUUAGGAGAUGUGGUCAUAGGCAUGCCUGACGGACUGCAUAGUGGAGUGAUUCAGUAUGACUUGGGAAAAGAUACAGAAGAGGGAUUUGUCCUCAAAGGGUACUUGGAGCCGGUCCCUUCUAUCCUGCGGUCCGCUAUAGUGAGGAUGCAAUCAGAUCACCGAGUCAAACAAAACAAGAUCAACGAAUUUCUAGGAGCAAUGCUAAAGAAGGGAGAAGGUCUUUCUACAUACCAGAAGCCCCCCGCCGAUACAGAUGUCCUUUUUCAAGUGGGCUCAAAACAUAUUCUCAGUCAGGAGAGAUGCAAGUACUGUGAUAGCGAAACCGUGAUCCACCGAGACCCAAGGAAAUCAAACGCUCCAAAAAUCCAUUACGGAUUGAUUGCUUCUGGGGAUCGGGUUAUGCGAAAUGCUAGGGGCAGUCGUUUGACCACACAGCCCGAUUUAUGCAAUGUAUUAUGCUUCGAAAUGGAGGCUGCUGGAAUAUUGACAGACUUUCCAUGCCUUGUGAUUCGCGGCAUUUCUGACUAUGCAGACUCGCACAAAAACGAUGACUGGCAACACUAUGCCGCCGCCGUGGCCGCGGGAUGUGCCAAAGAGGUCCUUUCUUAUUUGAGCUCUGAAUUAUCUGUGGAUGAAAUGGAACUUGACUACAUCAUCUCACAGAACUAUGCUGCACCUGCAUCCGCUAAACCAGCCGACAUUUCAUCUCGACAUCGUGAUGGGGACAAUGAAUCGCUCAGCAAGGAAGCAAAGCAGAAAUUACUGGAGUCAUUGAGAUUUGAUCAGAUCGAGGCUCGGAAGAGUAACAUUAAAAGUUCCCACGCAAGGACUUGCAAAUGGCUUCUGGAAAACCCGGAAUACUGUGAGUGGCUUGACACCACCGAGCUCAACAGCCAUCACGGUGUUUUGUGGAUAAAGGGAAAACCGGGAGCUGGAAAAUCAACACUUAUGAAAUUUGCUCUUGACAAUGCCAUCGAAAACAUGAAGGAUAGGACAGUCCUACACUUCUUCUUCAAUGCGCGAGGAGAGGAGUUGGAGAAGUCUACAAUCGGGAUGUAUCGAUCUCUCUUGUGGCAACUUUUUAGUGAACAUGAAGCUCCAGCUAUGAAAGCACGGCAUCAAGACAAGGGCUUCCAGUGGAAUGUGGUAUUGCUGCAAGAAGUUUUUCAAAAAGCAAUCCAGAGCCUUGGAGAGUCGGCUAUCAUGUGCUUUAUUGACGCACUCGAUGAAUGCGAAGAGAUGCAGAUCCGCGACAUGUUACGCUUUUUUGAAGACAUGGCAGGAUUGGCUGUCAAAGCUGGCAUUCGUUUUAAUGUUCUUUUUGCGAGCAGGCAUUACCCCCAUAUCACCAUCAAGAAAGGGUUGGAGCUCACCCUAGAAGGCCAAAAGGGACACAGCGAUGACAUUGUGGCUUAUGUGGAUAGCGAGCUGAAAAUCGGAGACAGUAAUCUUGCAACACAAAUACAAAUCAAGGACGAACUUCGACGAAAAGCAUCUGGAGUUUUCAUGUGGGUUGUUCUUGUCGUGCAGAUCCUGAAUAAGGAGCAUGACCGUGGCCGUAUACAUGACCUUGAGCAGAAGCUCCGACACAUUCCUGGCGACCUGCACGAACUAUUUCGCGAUAUUCUGGCACGGGAUGAUGCUAACAGAGAUGAGCUCAUUUUGUGUAUUCAAUGGGUUCUGUUUGCGAUACGACCUUUGAAGCCUGUGGAAUUAUACUGCAUCCUUCUUUUCGAAACCGAUUGUAGUGCAACCAACGAGUGGAAACCCGGGAAUAUUACAGACGAAGCCAUGAAAAGGUAUAUUCUGGAUUGUUCCAAAGGACUUUCAGAAAUAACUGUUUCAAACCCAACUGUCCAGUUCAUCCACGAGUCUGUGAGGGACUUUCUCCUCAAGGAAAACUGGUUAUCCCAGAUUUGGCCUGAGCUAGGAGACAACUUCCAGGGGCAAAGUCAUGAACAUCUAAAGAGGCUCUGUCUUGAAUACAUGACUAUGAAGAGCAUACCCGGAUGCUUGGGUCUGGAAAACUCCCAUCCAAAAGCCCACAGACGGGAAAUGGUUGAGGGCUACCAGCCCUGCGGAAAAGCCACCGACGCAUUUCCGUUCCUCGAGUACUCGGUUCUGAAUAUUUUUGAACAUGCAGAGGCGGCAGCAAAGAAUGGGAUUAUACAGAGCGCCUUCCUUGAGGACUUUCAGCUCUCUUAUUGGAACGCUUUGAACGGAAUUUUGGGAAAUGUAUCCGCAUACAAAUAUGACUCCGUUGUGAGCCUCCAGUAUUUUCUUGCGGAAUAUGGCCUCCUAAAUCUCAUCGAAGCUUGUCCAUUCAGUCCAUCUUGGCUGGAGGAAGAAAAUUAUAAGGAGCGUGACGAACAUGCGCUCUUUUGGUGCCUUACGACCAAGAGCAAAGACACUCUUCAAGCAAUAAUGAGAGCAUAUGCACGGAAUGGACCUCCGGGGAGUAAGCUUCACGGACUAUGCAAUCGCGCAGUGAGUGCGAAUAUUCAAGAUAAUUUCGAGUUAUCAAAGCGGAACUCCGUCCCUCCCGUUGCACCGGGGACUGGUGAAGAGCUUUUAUUCAUUUUUAUGCUUGAAACAGGAGCUAUAUUACUGGAUGAUUUUGAUGAAGAGUGGAGAACACCACUAGAAUACGCGGCGGCGAAUGGCUAUUUGCAGCUCGCCCGACUAUCACUUGACCGCGAGCGUGCUGACCCGAAUUUCGAUUCUGAUUCUAGCCUCAUAGAUCUCGCAUUAUUAUAUGCAGCAUCAAAUGGGCACGAGGAAAUUGUCAAAUUACUGCUUGCUGAUCCCCAUGUUGACCCUAAUCUCUAUAAUUUUAAUACACCAACGGCACUUGCAAACGCAGCAUCAAAUGGGAACGAGAAAAUUGUCAAAUUACUGCUUGCUGACCCGCGUGUUGACCCUAAUCUCUAUAAAUCUAAUACACCAACGGCACUUGCAAACGCAGCAGAGCAUGGACAAGAGAAAAUUGUUAAAUUACUGCUUACUGAUCCGCGUGUUGACCCUAAUCUCUAUGAUCCUGAUAUAUUAACGGUACUUGCAUGCGCAGCAGCGGAUGGACAAGAAGAAAUUGUCAAAUUACUGCUUGCUAAUCCGCGUGUUGACCCCAACCUCCAUGGUUCAUAUAAAUCAACGGCACUUGCAUCCGCAGCGUUGAAUGGGCACGAGGAAAUUGUCAAACUACUGCUUGCUGAUCCGCGUGUUGCUAUCCAGAGCGAUGUAACACCGCUGGUAUGUGCAGUAAGAAGUGGGCACAUAGAACUUGUCAGGUUUUUGCUUGAUGAUCAGCGUUGUAACCUAGAUAUCAAAAACGACAAGCGCGGGGCACUGAUAUCAUCGGCAGCAAGGAGGUGUUAUCCGGAAAUUGUCAAGUUACUAUUUGAUAAUCAGCAUAUUAUUCGAGCUAUCGAAGCUGACCCAUACGAGUCACCACUAUCAUCGGCGGUAGUGAAUGGUCACGCAGAGAUUGUCAAGUUACUUCUUGAUAAACAGCGUUUUCACCCAGAUAUGAAAGAUGAUGAGGGCUGGACACCACUAUGCCACGCAGCAGCAUAUAAUCACGCAGAAAUCGUCACUUUACUUCUUACUGAUCAGUGUGCUGACCCAAAUCUUACGGAUAUUGAUGGGCGAACACCGCUGUCAUGGGCGGCAGGGAAUGGUCACACGGAAACUGUCAAGCUACUGCUCGCCGCUAAGAAUAUUGACCUAAACACCAAGAGUGCUGAUACACUGUCCUGGGCUGCAAGGAAUGGACAUACGGAGGUUGUCGAGCUACUGCUUGGUAAUGAACAUGUUAAAUCAGGCAUCUGGGACGAUGAAGAAAAGUUAGUAAGGGAAGCCUGGUCUUACGGGAUGGAUAUCACGAAAUUACUACUUGCUGAAACGCCUAUCGACCCAAAUAUUCUGACUCCGCACGGCAUGACACUAUUAUCAUGGGCAGCAUGGAACGAUGAUAGAGAGCUUGCGGAGUUGCUACUUAAGUCUCAGCGUCUUAAGCCGAAUAUUCAGGAUAAAGAAGGUCGCUCGGCAUUAUUACUCGCAACAGAGAGACGCAAUGUGGAAACAUUGCAGCUGUUACUCUCUGAUCCGCGCGUUGACCUGACAAUCCAGGAUAAAGACGGGAAAACAGCACUAUCAUUGGCAAGAGAGAUGGUUGAUGAGACGCUUGUCAGCAUGCUGCAAUCUGCAUGUAGAUGA